AUGAAGAACUCAUUGGAAGAAGAAAUAAGGCAAAAAUCAUCAAGUGGAAGAAGAAAAGAAAACAAAAAUGGAGAUAAUUGUGAAGAUCAAGAACUAUUAGGAGGUGUAAAGUGUCCAAGAUGUGAUUCCACCAACACCAAAUUUUGCUAUUACAAUAACUAUAGUCUCACACAGCCUCGCCAUUUUUGCAAGACUUGCCGGAGAUAUUGGACUAAAGGUGGAGCCUUAAGAAAUGUCCCUAUCGGCGGCGGUUGUCGGAAAACCAAGAAGCUAAAAUCUUCUUCUUCUUCAUCUUCCUCCGCUAAAUUCUUCACCGGAAUAAUCCCACCACUUCCAGUACCGCCGCCCUCUGUUGAUUUUGGUGGCACUGGGGGAGGAGGAGGUUCUUGUUUGUCUCUUGCAUCUUCAAUUGAAUCUUUGAGCUCUUUAAACCAAGACCUUCAUUGGAAAUUACAACAACAACGUUUGGCUAUGAUUCUUGGAGAUCAUGAACAACCACCACCACAAAACAAGGUUCAAAAUCACAACUUUUUUCAACCUAUUUUGUUUCACAAUCUACAUCAUCAAGAUUCACCGGCUACUACGACUACUAUAACGACUGCGACUACUACUGAUCAAUGGUUGUUUCCAACUCAACUAAGUGCUCCAAACAACGGAGCUUCGAGAUCAAUUAAUGAUGGGCAUGGUGGGUGGAAUAAUAAUAAUAGUAACGAUGAUCAUAAUAUUGGAGUUGAGGGUUGGGAGGAUUUGCAUCAUUUCACUGCCUUCCCCUGA